GGCUCAUAGUUUGAAUGUUUUGUACUCGGUGAAGUAUUCAACUUGGUCGCUAAUAGAAACGGCCGUGUCGUGAUAUUUAUAAACCCGAAGCAGCACAGCCCAUUAUCAGUUCGAAGCCAUUAACGUUAUUACAUCAAUGAGGGACAAUGUUUGAGACAGUUCUUCCAUAUUUUGAGACUUCUGCCAUUCUCGCUGCAGUUCUGUUACUUUUGGUGACUUUCUACAUCAGGUCACAUCAACCUAAAACGUUACCACCAUCACCUGGUGCAGCUCUUCCUCUUAUUGGACACUUGCAUCUGCUGGGGAAAAAUCCUCGGAGAAGGUUCAAGCAAUGGGCACAAGAAUAUGGAGAUGUCUUUACACUUCAAAUGCGUCCACAGAGAACUAUUUUUGUGAACACACUUGAAGCUAUGAAAGAAGCUUUUAUCAAGAAAGCCGACUUUUUCUCAGACCGAGCUCAGAACAUAGUUAUAGCUCGUCAUGUUCCAAACUUUUUCCAUGGCAUCAUUUCCAGUUCUGGGUCCAACUGGAAAGCCCAGAGAACCACGUCCCUAGCCAUUCUUAGAAACUUUGGUAUGGGCAAAAAUAUGUUGGCUGAAAAAAUCUUAGAAGAAGUUUCUUUCUACACCAAAGAGCUGGCCAAGACAAAAGGAAAACCAUGUGAUAUUCAUUAUCUAACUAAUAUGAGUGUCUCUAAUGUGAUAAGCUCCAUCAUAUUUGGGAAACGCUUUGAGUUCAAUAAUCCAAAAUUUAUAAAGCAAAUGGAAAUAUUUAAUGACAUAGUGAAGUUAGGCACUGGAGUUUUAGUCUUGAACUUUUUCCCUAGUUUAUAUUAUCUACCUUUUGAUUUGUUAAAGGCAAAAAGAAAUGGAGAAAGAGAAACAAUUAGAACAAAACAUUUUCUAGACGAAUUAAAUUUGUCUCGCAACAUUGAGAACUUGUUCACAGCUGGCUCAGAAACUACAAGCACAACAAUAAUGUGGUGCCUGUUGUACAUGUUGCACUAUCCAGAAGUUCAACAGAAAAUUUAUAAAGAAAUAGUUGAACAGAUUGGAACAGAACGUCCACCGAACAUAACAGACAAAAGCAACUUGAAAUACUUGACAGCUGUGAUCAUGGAAGUUCAAAGAAAGGCCAGCAUUGUGCCCUUAAGUCUUCCCCAUCUUUGUAACAAAGACACAACACUUGCUGGUUACAACAUUCCAAAAGGCACAAUCGUAAUGCCCAAUCUGGACGCCAUUCAUUCAAGUAAAGAUAUCUGGGGUGAUCCUGAAAAUUUUCGUCUUGAAAGAUUUCUGGAUGCUAAAGGAAACAUAAUCAAGAGGGAAGAACUCAUGCCUUUCUCUAUUGGCAGACGUAUUUGUUGUUCUUAUAUCUGUCCACUUUAUUUCAGAAGUUUGAAUUUCUUCCAGCAUCUCCGGAUGACGUUCCACCACUACAAGAUACUUGGGGCUUAG